AUGAUGUCUGGAUACUCAAAUCAGAGAUUCUGCGCAUUGGAUGUCCUGUUGAAACUAGGGGAGUUGGUAGGUUUCAGUGUCCUUGACGUCAAGUUCAUCUUACUGGUAUUGCUUGCGGUUUUCAACGGUGAUGUUGGUCCGCGCUUCGAUGGAAUUGUCGUAGAUGUGCUUGAAAGUUUUCUGGAAGUCAACGAAGACGACGAGUCAGAAGAUCUCGUAAGGUUUGUGGCUGCUGUCCGAGUCAAAUUGGAAGGCAUUGCCGAUUCGAGCAAAGUCUUUUUAGUUACCCUGUUAGGAAUAGUCGAUUGUGGCACGUCGCUUUUGGAGCUCUUCACUGGAGCAGUUCCCUUGGCUUUCACCUCACAGCUUUCAAAAUACUCGUCAAUCUUUCUGCUUCUUCGAGAAUCAACCCCUUCAAGAUAA